AUGAAGGGAAUUAUGGAUUGGGUUUUCCCUCAGCUGUUGGUCAAAUCUCUGGCCUCGUUAUCACCUGGUGGCUUCAGUGGCCCGCCUCCAGUGGAUCAACGUGCUGAUGACAUAGAUUUAACCACCAAUUCGGAGGCAUUGCCACUGCAUUCAGGGGCGCCUUGUUCCAUUGAGAGUAGACGGGAGAGUGGAACUGAUACCACUACUCCCCAGCAAGUAGUCGAAGCAGCUUCCCAGCCAUGCAAUCACUAUGUUGAGGGAAGAAAGACGGAUCCUUUGGCAAGGAUUGAAGAUCUCAAAAUCAAGCUCUUUCGUCUGCUUCAACGGUUCAGUUUGUCCUCAGACAAUCUCCUCGUGGCGAAGGUUUUAUACAGGAUACACAUUGCAACUUCGAUUCGAGCUGAGCCACCAGACAGAGUGAGAAAUGCUAGAGCCAAAGCAAUAGCAGCAGCUCAAGAGUCUUCCGGCUCACCUGAACUGGACUUCUCCUUGAGAAUACUUGUACUUGGGAAAACAGGAGUUGGGAAGAGUGCGACCAUAAACUCAUUACUGGAUGAAAGAAAGACAAUCACUAGUGCAUUUCAACCGGCCACUGACCGUAUACAAGAGAUUAGUGGCUCUCUCAAUGGGGUUAGAGUAACUUUCAUAGAUACACCUGGUUUCUCUCCAUCAUCGACCAGCAGUGUUAGAAGAAAUCGAAAGAUCAUGCUCUCUGUCAAAAGAUUCAUCAGGAGAUCCCCUCCAGACAUUGUUUUAUUCGUCGAGCGCCUCGACCUCAUCAACAUGGGUUCUUGCGACUUCCCACUGCUGAAGCUAAUGACGGACGUUUUCGGGAAUGCUAUUUGGUUCAACACCUUGAUUGUAAUGACUCAUGCUUCCUCUUCCCUUCCAGAAGGAACUGGUGGAUAUCCUGUCAGCUAUGAAUCAUAUGUGAAUCGGUGCUCUGAGUUGAUGCAACACUACAUCCACGAAGCAGUUCUUGACUCGAAACUCGAGAACCCUGUGAUUCUUGUGGAGAAUCAUCCUCAUAAAGUUCUUAGUGUUGCGAGCAACAUAUUGCGACUCGAGAAGAGCAUUGACUUGGGGGCAAAGACUAAACCGCGGGUGCCUUCUCUUCCCCAUUUGCUCUCAUCGUUUGUCAAGUAUAGAUCUAUUUCAAAUCCUACUCAAGAUGGUGGUCAUGAUUUCUACGAUGAGAUUCUACUAUCAGAUGAAGAAGGAGAAGAUGAAUACGACCAACUACCGCCGAUCCGUAUCCUGUCAAAAUCCCAGUUCUCAAAAUUGAGCAAGUCUCAUAAACAUGAUUAUCUUGAUGAGCUAGACUACCGGGAGACACUUUACUUGAAGAAACAGUUGAAAGAAGAGUGUAGAAGACGAAGGGAGAAGCAGCUUGUGGGAGAAGUAAGUCAUGAAGAGGGUGAUGAAUCUGCCACCUUGCCGGAGGCAGUCCUCUUACCAGACAUGGUGGUUCCUCUGAGUUUCGACUCGGACUGUCACGUGCAUCGAUAUCGCUGCCUUGUCACAAAUGAACAAUUUAUUCCAAGGCCAGUACUUGAUCCUCAAGGAUGGGAUCAUGAUGUUGGGUUUGACGGUAUAAACUUGGAGACUUCUGUGGAAAUGAGGAAGAACCUCCAUGCCUCAGUUUCCGGGCAGAUGAGCAAGGAUAAACAAAACUUCAAUAUUCAGUCGGAGUGUACUACUGCAUAUUCUGAUCCUCGGGGGCCCUCAUACUCUGUAGGUCUGAAUGUUCAAUCUGCUGGAAAAGACAUGUUUUACACGGUUCACGGCAACACAAGAAUGAAGAAUUUCAAGCACAAUGUUAUGGACUGUGGGGUUUCAUUGACAUCGUUUGGCAAGAAGUAUUAUGUUGGUGGCAAGGUUGAAGAUUCGGUGUUGGUUGGUAAGAGGUGGAAGUUUUUGGUCAAUGCAGCACAAAUGAGAGGUGCUGGACAAGUUGCCUAUGGUGGGAGGUUCGAAGCCACUGUGCUAGGGACUGAUUACCCAGCUAGGAACGAUUGUUUGAGUGUCUUCCUGUCCCCUCUGUCAUUUGAGAAGGAUACAGUAUUGAGUGGUGGAGUGCAGUCAGAGUUUCAGGCAAUGCGUGGUACUAGAGUGGGUGUUAAUGUUAAUCUGAAUUCACUGAAGAUGGGGCAAGUUGGUGUCAAGAUCAGUAGUUCCGAGCACUUGGAGAUUGCUCUCAUCGCAGCUUUCACGAUAUUCAGGGCCGUAUUCUCUAAGAGAGUAGGUGAGCAUAGCCAGGAAGAGUUGGAGACGGGAUAA